AUGGGUCUUUUGCGGCCCUGGACCCUCCUCUUACUGGAUGAAAUCACGGCGGAUCUGGAUCUGUUGAGCCGGAGUGAGUUUCUGGGAUUUCUGAAGCGGGAGACGGAGGAGAGGGAGUGUACGAUUGUGUAUGCUACGCAUAUCUUGGAUAAUCUUGCCAGGUGGCCGACGCACUUGGUACACAUGCAUUUAGGCCGGGUGAGAGAUUGGGGUCCCGUUGAGAAAUUUCAGGUGGGCAGGCUGGCUUCGCCGUCGGAGGAUAGUCGGUUGGGGGAGGUGGUGUUGGAGUGGUUGAAGAGAGAUUUGAGGGAGCGAGGACCGCGCCCAGGUCUACCAGGAGAGGGAAAGAAGAUCGCGGUUGAAUUGUGA